GUGCGGGCUCCCAGGACAUGCAAUGUGGAGGUAAGGACGACGUGGCACAGAUCUCGGUGAAAGUUUUAGUUCUUUCACUGCUUUCGUUCAGUGCGAGCAUCGCGGUGGUCAAAGUCGCUCGCCGUCCUUGAUUUCGGGCCUUGAAUACGUACGCGUUGGUGUUAUAGAUCUCUGCAUAUCGUCAAUCGAUAUUUUGUUAUCAACAAUGAAAUGGCCAGUGAUUAUGAUCUGCUUGGUCGGCUGGUCGAGCUGCUACACCCAGCGGCCUAUCGGUCAGAAGGAUAAAGGAUUUAUAGACUGGAUCAACAAUCUCCUUGGUGGCACAACGACUACCACGACUUUAAGACCUAUAGACGACCCGCCCGAGGACUGCCCAAACUGUCAAUGCGGCAUAGCACGCACUCGUCGGCGCAUCGUGGGCGGAUAUGAAACGAAAGAGACGGAGUACCCCUGGAUGGCCGCUCUUUUGUACGGCGGAAGGUUCUAUUGUGGUGGUGCACUUAUCAGUGAUCUGUACGUUUUGACAGCUGCUCAUUGUACUUCAGGAUUCCGCAAGGAACGGAUUACAGUUCGGUUCUUGGAGCACGAUCGUUCUAAAGUAAACGAAACUAAAACGAUAGACAGAAAGGUGUCUGACAUCAUUCGUCAUCUUCGGUAUAAUCCCGGAACUUACGACAGUGAUAUCGCCCUUUUAAAACUAGCUGAGAGGGUAGACCUCAGCAGUGCAUUGAAGCGAGUUCGCAGUGAAGGAGACAACGGCACUGCCACGGAUGACGACAAGGACGUCGGGCUAAGGCCGGUCUGCUUACCCAAUCCUGGACUGUCCUAUAAAAAUUACACGGGUGUUGUCACAGGCUGGGGAACUACAGAGGAAGGUGGCUCUGUUUCCAAUGCAUUGCAGGAGGUGAAAGUACCGAUUGUGACAAAUGAAGAAUGUCGUAAAGGCUACGGUGAUCGGAUAACAGAUAAUAUGAUUUGCGCUGGAGAGCCAGAGGGCGGUCGUGACGCUUGUCAGGGAGACUCGGGUGGACCGAUGCAUGUUCUUGAAAUGGAGACAUCAAAAUACUCUGAAGUCGGUGUCGUGUCUUGGGGCGAAGGAUGCGCGCGACCAAACAAACCAGGCGUUUAUACCCGUGUCAAUCGAUACCUCACUUGGAUUAAACAGAACACUCGCGAUGCCUGCAAUUGUCAAUAAAAACACUGCUAUAGCUUAAACUUCGCACCCUGGUUCCUGAUUUUGCUAGGAGGCUUUUACUUAAUUGUUCAAAUGUCAAAUUGUAAACCUUUGUUUUACUUCUUGGUGCCGCGCUGUUAUCAGAGGUUGACUGAUAUGUUCUACAAAUUGUUUCUCAGAUAAAUUUAAUUAAUGUUUAAUAUAUUAUACGGUGUAUGAAAUUUUAAUUUAUUAGAGGUUAUUAGAGAUCAACUCACUGCAAUAUUCUGAUAGGCGUAUUUUGUCCGUUAACCACGUCGGAAACAUUUAUACUUAAACUGUUGGAAACUUAAGGACUAUUCAUUUUUUUCGAAUUUGGAACGUUCGAGACAGAUACGAGAAAAUUACACGAUUGCCGAUAAUAAUAAUAGUUGAGGAUGAAUUUUAAAUCAGAACUCGACGUAAUUAUUGCUAAAAUGAGUCGUUCCAGUGUUGUUUGUUGAGAAUAACAAUUUCAUUGCAUUUAUUAAAUUAUUCAAAUACCGUAAAUGACAACUGCGUCAUAAAAGUGGUUUCACUUAAUA